CCAACCUGCCGCUGCUGGAAAUCCAUACUCCUCCCCCGUUACUCCCCCCGUACAGCAGCAGCGUGCUGCUUCGCCAAUCGCCAGCCAGCAUCGUCGACCUCGCUAAAAGCCAACCCAACCGCCCUCUGCGGCUCUGCCCCUCCCCCUCUCUCUCCCUCCCGUCUCCACACGCACAAACAAAGCAGGCAACGGCACAGCCAGGUUGGGAGAGAGAGAAAGAGAAGCAGGCAGAGCCAAGAAACAGAGCAGCAGCAGGAGCUGGUUCGAGGAGGAGAAGAGGAGAGGAAGGAGAAGGGCGGCGGCCAAGAAGAAGAGGAGGAGGAAGGGCAAGAUGCUGCGCGGCGGGACGAGCGUGCUGGGGAUCGUCAACUUCAUCACCUUCCUGAUCUCGAUCCCGAUCCUGGGCGGCGGCAUCUGGCUGGCGUCCCGGGCCAACUCCACCGACUGCAUCCGCUUCCUGCAGUGGCCCAUCAUCGUCGUGGGGCUCGUCCUCAUGGUCAUCUCCCUCAUGGGCUUCGCCGGCGCCUGCUACCGCCAGACUUGGCUCCUCCGCCUCUACCUCUUCGCCAUGUUCUUCGUCGUCCUCGCGCUCCUCUUCUUCAUCGUCUUCGCCUUCGCCGUCACCGACCGCGGCGACGGCCAGGUCGUCAUGAACCGACGCUUCCUCGAGUACCAGCUCUCCGACUACAGCGGAUGGCUCCGCGAGCGCGUCGCCGACCCCCAGUACUGGGCCACCAUCAGCGCAUGCCUCCGCGACGGACACGCCUGCUCCGGCAUGAGGCGCUUCGCGCGCGACCCCAACACCGGCAUGCGCGUGCCGGAGACGCCGGACAUGUUCUACGGCCGCAACCUCUCCCCCAUACAGUCUGGAUGCUGCAAGCCACCAUCAUCAUGUGCGUUCACCUACAAUAACGAGACAUACUGGACACCAAACCCCGGUGUCCCAGUUAUCAGUGAUCCCGACUGCAACAGGUGGAACAACGACCAGCAGACACUCUGCUUCCAGUGUGACUCGUGCAAGGCGGGUGUCCUGGCGGGCAUCAAGAAGAGCUGGCGCAAGGUGGCGAUCCUAAACAUUGUGGUGCUGAUCAUCCUUGUUAUCGUCUAUGUCGCGGGCUGUGCUGCAUUUCGCAAUGCCAAGAGGAUCGAGAAUGACGAGCCAAUCGGCAUGGCACGGAUGACCAAGUCCCAGCCAAGCAGGUUCCAGUUCUAGGCUGCAGUGGCGGGUUCGGAAGCUUUUGCAUUGUACAAAUGACCACAGUGGGUGAUGCUAAGGCUUGGCCUUUGUUAGAUCUUACUGAAACGUAGGAUCAGCUGCAUUUGGGUGGUGAACAGGGAAGAAGUUCGCUUAUCAAAAAGUUCCGGUGUGGUUUAGUUUUGUGCUUGCCUUAGUGUUUAGGGUAGGUCUAUUAUGUAUUGGGUGCAACCAAAGAUGGGAUCUGCAAGAAACAAGAGAAAUUACUUCAAUUAGGAGUGUAUUGUUCUGUAUGGGAGAUUUUUAUAUGUCAUCUUGUGCGUUUUAGAAGAUAGUGCUCUGAUGGAAUGUUAUCUGAAUUUCUGUGAUUGUAUGGCAAUACGAGAGCUUUCAGUAUGACA